AUGUAUCUCCAAAUAACAAGACCGGAUAUCUCUUUUGCGGUUAACAAGCUUUGUCAGUAUUCUCAUGCUCCUAGAGAUACUCAUUUGAUUGUCGUACAUCAAGUCUUGAGAUAUUUGAAAGGAACAGUGGGUCAAAGACUGUUUUAUGCAGCUGAUAAUAAGUUUGACCUGAGGGGAUUUUCGGAUGCAGAUUGGGGAUCUUAUACUGAUGAUAGAAGGUCUGUUACAGGUUUCUGCAUAUUCAUUGGAGGCUCUUUGGUAUCAUGGCGAUCGAAGAAGCAGGAUACAGUUUCUCAAAGCUCUGCAGAAUCAGAGUUUCGAGCUAUGGCUUUGACAACCAAGGAACUCAUUUGGCUUUCUCGACUUAUGCGAGAUUUGCAGAUUCCAUUCACUCUUCCAGCUUAUCUCUAUGGUGAUAAUACAACAGCAUUACAUAUCGCUAAUAAUGCAAUGUUCCAUGAGAGAACUAAACAUGUGGAUAUGGAUUGCUACAAGAUCAGGGAGGAGGUAGAUUCUGGAUUUCUUAAAACUAUGCAUGUUCGAACAGGGAAUCAGUUAGCAGAUGUUCUCACUAAAGUAUUGCAUCCUGCUCAUUUCCAAGAGAUAAUUUUCAAGAUGGGUGUUUACAAUAUCUUUGCACCUUCAUCUUGA